CUCACCCAAGGGAUAUAAAUAGUGCUCCAUUCGGACCAGUACAGCAUCAGUUGAUCAUAUCCAACUACCAGACAUCAACAUGAAGUACUCCUGUGUCCUGCUCCUUUUGGCCACCGUCGCCUGUUUCCUGGUGAGCCUGACCAGUGCAACUACCACGACCACCACCACGACAGAUGCCACUACCACGACCACCACAACCACCGCCUCGUCUUCUGACACCACUACCACGACAGCGUCGUCCUCGGACACCACCACUACCACGGAUUCGUCCUCCUCCAAAAAGAAGAAGCACGUGGUACACUACAAGCGCAAGGUGCACAAGCCCAAGAAGGUCAAGAAGAUCCACAGGAAGAAGAACCGCAGUGGUUAACCAUCUUAACUAUAGAUAUCCCCACCCGGUUACAACUAAAGUGAACUCCGACUCCCGAAGACAACUGCCAUAUCAUUAUUCCACUAUAUUUAUUAUUCUGUAAACAAACCUCUUACUUAUUAUUAAUAAAUUAAAGAAAAUUUA